AUGAUGAAAACGGUGUGGACGACAGUCAUGUUCUUGCCGAUACAACGAGCGAUCGGACAGACCUGUGGACUGCCAAUGUCCACGUUGUCGACAAACUGCAACGACCUGUGCCCACAGUACGAGCCGUGCGUGGUGUACGCGGCCUCGGCAUGUCCUCAAGGCGCUUCCUGUGCCGCAAGCAACCAGUGCGAGAUUCAGUGUUUCUCGUCGAGUAUGCUGAACGACACGGCCACGUUCACGUUUUCAAUCGGGUUUGGCCAGGCAAGCGACAGCAGUGGGCAGCGAAAAACGACACGAACAGAAAAGCGCAAGUCGUUGGUUGAGAACGAAGCGGAUGGACUUUUGGAGGAGAAGGUCAGGUCCGCGACAGCCGACAACGAGGCCGUCUCGAGUCUCGGCACGAUCGAUCUUCAGCCUACGGUGACCUCCUUUGUACUAGUUGGCGGAUCAAGCACUGCGUCUUCGGUGAAGAGUAAGGUAGCCAAGGUGACCUUCGGCUCUGACGUGAUCUCUUCACAAACGCUCGUGACGAACGUGGUGCUAAGGAACUUGGACCUUACAACUCCGACGACGCUUCAGCAGCUACCGAUUGUGCUGCCGCCGUCAUUGCAAAAGUUGGAUCUGACCAACACGCGGCUGACGUCAUUUCCAACACUGGUCGCAAACUUCACGAGUCUUCACGACCUCAAUCUCGACAUGAACUCCAUCCCGGAAGUCGCUGCGACGGCAGCUCUCAAUUCUCUCGUUCGUCUGAGUUUGCAGAACAAUCACCUCAACAGUUUCCGUGCUGUCUUCCCCAACCUCGUCAUCCUGGACCUGACGAACAACUACUUCACCGACACUCCUCCUAGCAUCUACAUCCACUACAGUCUGAAGGAGCUGCGGAUGAAGGGCAAUCCGCUCAUCAGGCCGUGGUUCACACAGCAGCAACUCGACUUUCUGAGCAGGCUCAAGGUUUUCGAUCUCGAGAACAAAGACUUUACGAACUCUAUCGACAGCUGCAGAGCUGAGCACCAGCGCAAAGUGCAUGCUUUGACUGUGUGUGUCUCGGACAGUACCGACGAAGGCGAAGAGAAUGAUGACAUCAACGAAGCCAGUACGGCCACUCCUUCGUCUACAGCUUCGGACGUGUCGACUAUCGUGGGUGUCCUCGUGGGUAGCACAUUUAUCAUUGGUGUCAUGGGGUUUGCCACAAAGUGGCUAUACGGGAGACGCGUGCCGCACGUUUCGGACCGUCACUCGAAGAUUGUCCGCGAGUCUUACUUUGGCGGCUUGUCACCACCUCUUGCACGAUCUCCUGCUGACAAGGGCUACCGUGGUGGCCGCCGUACGCCUUCGAGUGGAGGGCCACGAUUUUGUCCGAGUGGCUACGAGACGGAUGACAACCACAUCGUGUCUCGACUCUCGACUCACAGUGCACAUAGCACCGCUAGCUCGACGACUGCUUAUUCACUGUGGAACGAUCAAGAACUGCUCUCGUUGCAGGUGAAGUGUGACGAGAUCGAAGACGUUGGCACUAUCGGCAGCGGAUCUUUCGGUAUCAUUUGGCUUGUCAAGUAUCGAGGGUCUCAGCUCUUGGCCUCCAAGCGACUUCGAUCGGAUCAGGUCAAUAAGCACCGCACGAAGGCAUUUAUCGAAGAGAUCAAGAUGGUCGCUCCUUUCGAUCACCCGAACGUUGUCCGCUUUAUCGGAUGUGCCUGGACCAUUGAGACGGACUUGCAAGCGCUGUUUGAGUACAUGGAAAAUGGCGAUCUGCGUGAUUAUCUGGUAGAUUCGAGUUCACCGCGUCACUGGAGCCAAGAGCUAUUGCAACUGACCCUGGAUAUCAUUGAGGCGCUUGUGUACGUGCACUCGUUCACACCGCCGUUGGUGCACCGCGAUCUGAAGUCCCGGAACAUUAUGCUGUCAAGCGAGUUCAAAGCGAAGGUGGCCGAUUUCGGGGCGUCCAGGUACAAGUCGGUCGAUGAAACAAUGACCGCAGCGGUCGGAACGGGUCGGUGGCUCGCGCCCGAGGUCAUUGCAGGCAGCACCAAGUACGAUCAAUCCGUCGACGUCUUUUCGUUUGGCGUGGUGCUUUCUGAAAUGGACACGCACACGAUCCCGUACGACGACGCUCGCAGUGCGAAUGGGAAUCGCUUGAACGACAUUGCGAUUCUCCAGCUCGUAGCGACGGGUCAAUUGCGGCCUAAAUUUGGUGCAAGUUGUCCACCAGAGAUGCGCGCCCUGGCCAAUCGGUGUCUCGACCAAGACCCUCAAAAGCGUCCGCCGGCUUACGUUGUAGCAUACGAGCUACGCAACAUUCAACGCUCACAUUACGCGCUACUCUGA